GUCUCCGGAAGUGGAGGCGUGAGCGACGGGGCAGCGCCUGCUUGGGGUAGCGGGACUGCAGAAGCUGGGCGCCACUGCCGGGCCGGUCAUGAACGGGCCGGCGGACGGCGAAGUGGACUACAAAAAGAAAUACCGGAAUCUGAAACGGAAGCUCAAGUUCCUCAUCUACGAGCACGAGUGCUUCCAGGAGGAGCUGAGGAAAGCGCAAAGGAAAUUACUGAAGGUGUCCCGGGACAAGAGUUUCCUCCUAGACCGACUUCUGCAGUACGAGAACGUGGAUGAAGACUCUUCGGACUCAGAUGCCACUGCAUCAUCAGAUAACAGCGAGACCGAGGGGACACCCAAGUUGUCUGACACACCGGCCCCUAAGAGGAAGAGAAGCCCUCCGCUGGGGGGGGCCCCCUCUCCCUCCAGCCUCUCCCUGCCUCCUUCAACAGGGUUUCCCCUUCAGGCCUCCGGGGUCCCCUCCCCAUACCUGAGCUCGCUGGCCUCCCCCCGCUACCCCCCAUUCCCUUCUGACUACCUGGCCCUGCAGCUGCCUGAGCCCAGCCCCUUGAGGCCCAAGCGGGAGAAACGGCCCCGCCUGCCCCGGAAACUCAAGAGCGCGUGCUCUGGCUGCAGUGCGGAGGAGCUGGAUCUGGGAGAGGCUGCAGGCAGGGAGUCCAGUUAGGAGGCUGGGACCGCAGCCCAGAUGGCGGUGGGGCCCCCUGACUGCCCUGUGGGAGGACCGCUGACCUUCCCUGGCCGGGGUUCUGGGGCUGGGGUCGGGACAGCCCUGACCCCCCUCCCACCCCCCAAGAUGCCCCCCCCGACGAUCCUGAGCACGGUCCCUCGGCAGAUGUUCAGCGACACAGGUAGCGGGGAUGAUGCCCUGGAUGGGGACGAUGACCUGGUGAUCGACAUCCCGGAGUGACCGCGACAUCAUGCCAUGCCCACCACAGCCCUGCCCAGCACCCUCCCCGUGCCAGCACACACGAGCCCAGCUUCCUCGGAGGUGUUUAUUGACGCCCAGCUGCCAUGCUCCGGCCACUGACACAACCAGAAAAGGCGUAAACAUGCACGGGUGUCCCCCAGGAGGGUGGCAAGGGCCCUGCCUUCAAACUCUGGCCCCCUCCAGGAGACAGGUAUUUAAACGAGUGGCCGGGAGCAUCUGCCACCUUCUGGGGAGGCAGAGACCCUGCGAUGGCCACCCCUUUAAAAGGGCAGCUGUACAGGGCUAGGUUUUUGCAGUGAAGUUUCUGUAUUAAAGGAGUGGCUCUGGGU